CCAUCCAUUGAAUUGAAUACAUUUCUCGAAAGUAAGAAUCAGCUAGCAAAAACAGCGCCAUGUCUGGAAGAGGUAAAGGAGGAAAAGGUUUGGGAAAGGGAGGAGCCAAACGACACCGUAAGGUUCUGAGGGAUAACAUUCAGGGAAUAACUAAGCCUGCGAUUCGUCGACUUGCAAGACGUGGCGGUGUUAAGCGUAUCAGUGGGUUGAUCUAUGAAGAAACUCGCGGUGUUCUCAAGAUCUUUCUUGAGAAUGUGAUCCGUGAUGCAGUUACUUACACCGAGCACGCUCGUCGUAAGACUGUUACUGCAAUGGACGUUGUUUACGCUCUCAAGAGACAAGGAAGGACUCUAUAUGGCUUUGGGGGUUAGGGUUAAGGGUUUCUUUGUAAUAGUAUAUCUCCUAACGUUCAUCAUAACCAUAAUCAUUACAUUGGUGCUUUCUUUUUCCCCGUAGCAGCACACACGUUGAUGAACACAGUAUAGACUUGAUUUGAGAAAUUGGACAAAUUUAACAACAGUCAUUAGCUCUUAAUUGAUGCCUUAUUUGAUGGCUUUCUCUCCAUAUAGCAUUUCUUUGAUGGACAAAUUCACCAGACCAGUGGUUAUUUUCAGAUUGACAAAAAGUCCCAACAAAGUUACCACCAGAUUGGAAUCAUAUGAUGAUGUGAAGCACGCGGCACCCCCACUGUCUCUCAAGCCACCAGAUCUAUGAUGCGGAGUUGCCACCAUGGGGUUUUAAUUCCGCAACACUUUAUGAUCCAUUUCAUAUUCAUCGAUGUUUGGUAACUCUAGAGGAAUUUUAUGCAUAUAUAUGAUUGUCACUUGUGUUCCAUUUUAAAUCAGUCAUGGAGACUGUGUCAAUGAAACAGUACGCACCCUAUUGUUUUGAAAAUCUUCAACCCGAAGCUUUACAUGUAUUUGGAAAAUGAAUUGUAGUGGCUGUUACUGAUCACAAUGUUAAAAAAAGAAAGAUAAAUAGAAAGAAUUGAAAGAUUUUUGUUACAUUAUUUAGAGGGUUUGCUUUUAGGUGAU